GGUACGACCGUUGCGAUUCUGAGCGUAAACACAUCUCCUCUCAUGGUUAUCCACCGUUAAGUCCAUAUUUUAUAAACAAAAGUCUUGGCCGGACAAGUUAGACUGACGUUGCAGGCCGUGACGUGUCAGUUAUCGAUUGGCGCGCUGUGGUGGGCGGAGCUUGUAGGGAGCAGAAAUGUAAACAGCUAGCAUGCCUGUUUGGCAGCUAUGACCAGCGCAGAUCAUUCAGACGCAGUCGACGUUUGAAAGAUCGGACCGGGCGGCUGCUGACUGAAGACUGAGCAGAUCCCGUGUUCCUCGAUCGUCCUGGACCGUAAAGCGAGUGGAGAAACGCUGUUUGGUCUCUCUGCCCGCAGGUUUACCUUCUUCGGCUCGAGAGGAGAGCCUGAUCUGCACCUGGAACUGUGUUUAUUGAAAGAUAAAAAAGGCAGAAAAAUGCAGUGCUCUUCUGAAGCCUUCGGUACAAUUUGGGCUCACUGACAGAGUUCUUGUGAGUUUCUGAGGCUCGGGCGACCCACAGAGCCUAAUCUACAACUUCCAGGCAGCUACCCGACGCCUAAGGAUGUGUUGAUCCUAUGAAGGGCUCUGUGUAUUUAUUGAUUCUUUGAAACCCGUUGCGUAAGGAACCCGACAGCCUGAGUCUUUGUGCAGCUGGUGCGUCCAUCGCUUUGGCUGGAUCAUGGCAGAAUCCAGCUCGGCACCAACAGACCUGCUGAUUGGAUGCGCCAAGGAGGAGGCGGGUCUCAGAGAGACGACCGCGGCUGCCGGCGGGUCCGACCAAGGAGCGAAGGUCCCAAACAGCAACGGCAAGGCCGACAGACCUCCUCCUGCCAGAGAGCCAGAGGAAGACGAAGAGGCCACGCCCACGCCGCCCGAGACGUCGCCAAGCCUGUCUGAAAACGAGACGCUGACCAUCGCUACGACGGAGGACGAAACUCUGUCAGUCCAGCUCAGGCAGCUUAAGGCUGAAAGGCGACCAGGGAGAGAAGGAGAGCCAGACCUGGACCAGGAGGACAGCUCGGCAGCGAUGACGGCAGCGGACUCGGACGAUCAGCGCGAGUCCACCGACUCCGCCUCCUUCUCCAUUCCCAGUCUGGAGCUUUCGGAUGGAGUGGCGACCACGGGGAACUCUCUGGACAUCGAGGACGGCUUGUCAUCAACCUGCUCUGCUCCGGGGGUGGAGGGCGGCUCCCCCCCGCCUGUCGAGGCGCCCGGCCUGAAGGUGGAGGAGGCGCUGGAAGCAGCAGGAGGAGCUGUUGCUGCUGCUGUUGCUGCUGCUGCUGCUCCCCCUCAGGUUGCUGCUGCUGCCGCCGCGGUGGCGGAGGCCGGACCCUCCAUGCCAGCAUACUACCUGGUGAAGUGGAUCACCUGGAAGGAGAAGAAGACUCCCAUCAUCACUCAGAGCGAGAACGGGCCCUGCCCCCUGCUGGCCAUCAUGAACACGCUCUUCCUGCGCUGGAAGGCGAAGCUUCCUGCUCAGACUGAAGUGGUCACCACCGAGGAGCUGAUGGCUCAUCUGGGAGAGUGCGUUUUAUCAGUCACCCCCAGAGAGAAGACGAACGGCAUGGAGCUCAACUUCCAGCAGAACAUGAGCGACGCCAUGGCGGUGCUGCCCAAGCUGUCCACGGGCCUGGACGUUAACGUUCGCUUCACGGGAGUCACGGACUUCGAGUACACGCCGGAGUGCAUCGUGUUCGACCUGCUCAACAUCCCGCUGUACCACGGCUGGCUGGUGGACCCGCAGAGCCCAGAGAUGGCGGCCGCUGUGGGGAAGCUGAGUUACAACCAGCUGGUGGAGAAAAUCAUCGACUGCAAGCACUCGGCGGACAGCUGCAGAGUCGGCGAAGGUCUGGUGGCGGAGCAGUUCCUGGAGUCCACGGCCACUCAGCUUUCAUACCACGGUCUGUGUGAGCUCAACACCACGGCCAAAGAAGGCGAGAUCUCCGUCUUCUUCCGGAACAACCACUUCAGCACCAUGAUCAAACACAAGGGUCACCUGUACCUUCUGGUGACAGACCAGGGCUUCCUGCAGGAGGAGGGCAUGGUCUGGGAGUCUCUCCACAACGUCGAAGGAGACGGAAACUUCUGCGACUCCAGCUUCAGGCUGUGCCAUCCUCCCGAGAGAUCUCCGGCCGCCUCCCUCCUGGCGCCCGGCAGCCAGGAGCAGCAGCGGCAGAUCGACCAGGACUACCUGGUGGCGGUGUCCUUGCAGCAGCAGCAGGAAGGCGCCCCUGGACCUCUCAGUGACCUGGAACUGGCCCGGCAGCUCCAGGAGGAGGAGUACCAGCAGCAGCAGCAGCAGCAGCAGCAGCAGGCGGGACCGGCGCAGACGCCACGGCAGGUCAGAGCUCAGGGGUCGCAGCAGCCCAGAAGAAGAGAGAAGGACUCGGACUGUGCCAUCCUGUAACCGCCUUCCACUUCAGCGCCUCGGGACCUCUCGGGAGUCUCGCGUGUCACCCGCUCGCACACAGAGACGCACGCUGAGGCAGCUCCAUGCCAAACCCGGCUGCUUUCGUCCCGCAGGCCCGCGUCCGACGCGGCGGCCCGCCGGAAGACGCGGGUCCGGCUGAGGAAGGAACCGGCCUCCCUGAAGGGGGCUCACGGCAGCGGCCGAGGUCUUUUACGCAUAAACUCUCUAACCGCUGCUCUUAAGGUCGGUUUUUAAUCAAUUUAAUAAAGAAAAAGGAAACUUACCGUUGCCAAUACCUAAAACUCAGCCAGAUAUUCAGUCCUUUCAGGUUUUAUUAUUUGAGCACUUUAAAACGAAGGAAGACGCUUACAGAAGCCACUGUGGAUGUUUUUUUUUAUUUCGACACGUUUUCUGACAUGUUAGAGCCCAGCCAUUUGUUCUGCCGCCUAUUAAUAGAUUCCUGAUCUGAUGCGGCGUGAGAACGCUGCCUUGCACCAGUACUCAGCGCAGCUUGAACUUUUUUUUACAUUUGGUCCUUUUUAGAACCAGACGCUUCUAACUGGGAUUUUACGUGACGAGCAAACAGGAGAGAUCGGAAGCAGAAAUCUGAAAGCGUCAGUGAACCAAACCGAUGAUGCUGUAGCGUAAAAGCGACUCCAUGGUCGCUCUGUGGAGCGUCACCCUCAUCUCUACGUCUAUCUGGGCACA